GAGAACAGAAAAAUAUAAAUCUAGGGUUUCAAAUUUCUUUGUCUCUCAACCCCCAAAAUUUCCUCUUUUCCCUCCCUUUGCACAAUUCCCUCAAGAAUUCCCCUCCCCCACUUUCCCUCUUUAUUGUUACUUAACUUUCUUGGAAAAUUUUCACAUCUAAUCUACGUUGUCAAUAACAUCGUCAUCAUUAGCUGAUGGGCCCUUGUAUUCCACGGGUCCUAUUGGUGUUCGGUUUGGUUUUGGCCGGUUGAUGGUUUUCUGGGGAAUUAAGAAGAGGGAAAAGUCAGAUCGUAAACGGUUUAAUCUUAAGGGGGUGUGGUUUCUGGGUCUUUUGGUGGAUUGAAAUCUCUGGCUUUGCUUUUGUUGGUGUUUUGACGGAUUUUUAUGUACGUUCGGUCCAAAUAUGGAGUCAGAAAGCAUGCAUCCUUCGACCAGUUUGGUCAAAUGUUGUGAAUGUGGUUGUAGGUAUUGUGACGCAACAGAUGGAUCUUAUUAUGGGACAUGGCUACGUUCGGUGAAACGAAAGGUAGAUGAAUAUGAUGAAGGUGGUGGUAAAUUCUUCAUACCAGGUCUUCUAAUUCCUAAAGUGGCUCGUGUCGAAAUCGAAAAUGAAUGUGCCGUGUUGCGUGAGAUGGUUAGCAGCCAACAAAGCACGAUUCAGGAUCUGAUUGCAGAUUUAGAAGAGGAGAGGUAUGCUUCUGCCUCAGCUGCCAAUGAGGCCAUGUCUAUGAUCUUGAAGUUACAGCGAGAAAAGGCUGAAAUUGAGAUGGAAGCUCGACAAUUUAAGCGCUUUUCUGAAGAAAAGAUGGCUCAUGAUCAACAGGAGCUUAUGGCAUUGGAGGAGCUGUUGUAUAGGAGGGAACAAUCUAUUCAAUCUUUGACUUGUGAGGUUCAGGCAUAUAAACACAGGAUGAUUAGUUUUGGUCUCACGGAAUCUGAAGCAGACGGAGAGAAAAGCUUCAUUACACGCAAUAAUAGUGUUGCCACAAACUUAGAGAGCCAAUUUGAUUUCCCAUCAUAUGAUUACCCUCCUCUGAAAUGCAAUUUGAAUGAAAAUCAUGCAUAUCAAGAGAAUGAUAAUGAAACAGUUGAUAUAGAGAAGUAUGCAUUUGGGGAAACUCCGCGUUCUCUUAAGGAUAUAGAAGAAAGGAUCAAUCAAUUGGAGAGAAGUCCUAGGCAUAGUCAACCGGUUCUUGAGAAGGUGAUAGUUGGUCAUUCUCCAAUGAAGAAACACUCGAGGAGAUUUUCUAGUGAUAGUGUUGGAUCAUACUUUGCAACUGUUAAAGAAGACUUGGUAUUAGAUUCUCCUAGAGUUGGUGGCAACACGAGGAAGAUGGAGUUCUCACAGACGGAUGAUUUCCCUAGUUUCAAAAAGGUGGAUACUGUAUCGGAAUUUGGAGAUGAGAUGAGUGACAGGAUUUACACAAUCGACUCUAUACAUAAUGGAAAUAAUGACCCAAAGGCUAAUAUUGGCACCUAUGAUGAUUUUAUGAGUUCUCCUAAAGAAUCAUCAUCUGUUACUGGUAUUGAAGAUCCAGAAGUCAAGAAGCUAUAUGCGAGGCUUCAUGCACUUGAAGCAGAUAGGGAAUCCAUGAGGCAGGCACUUAUUUCUAUGCGGACAGAUAAGGCUCAAUUGGUAUUGCUGAAAGAGAUUGCUCAACAUUUGUGCAAAGAGAUGUCACCGGCAAGCAAGAUGCCCGUAAAGAAGCCAUCUGGUGGUGCGGGCUCUUCCUUCUUCUCGGUGGUCAAGUGGAUCGUAACAUUUGGUUACUGGAAGAGAGCACAACGGAACCAGCACAUUUUUAGUGCAGUGGCAAACAAUGCAGGCCUGCUAAUGGUGUUAGAAAGGGGACCUCAGUUGGGGCAAUGGAGGUGCCUUUCAAGCACACAAGUUUGAAAAAUCGACGUCAAAACGCUGUAUCCAUCUCUCUGCUCAUAUCGACUCUUCAACCUGCUGGAUUUCUACACCAGACUCUCAUUCUUUUAGAUUUUUUUACAUCGGUUUCAAUUCAUAUCGACAUAUCUUUCUGGGAUCUGUUUUUAUUGCAUGAUCAGGUGGUAUUUGUUAUUUUGUGGAUAUGGAUGUAGUCGUAGAUCAUCAUCAGCGUGCAAGAUUUGCUGGAAUUUGCCCGAUGCGUAAAUGUAAUUUGGUCAUUUGCUUCUGUAUAUUGCUUGCAUUGCAUAACUACAAUACAAAUUUUAGUAUGAUUCCUGCAACUUCUUCUCCCUA